GUGCAGCUCGUUUCUCAUCCUCCCUGCUGACGUCUGACUUCCGCAUUCCUCGCUCUUCCCGAUCAGGGAUCAGCGCUCGAGAAACGAGCUAAUGCAACGAUUCCCGCUCUUCAAAAUCUACUCGCGACCGACAGCUGACGUCACAAAAGGACUCCACACGCUCACCGCGGGACCGAAGUCAGCUGCGGUCACGGGCGUUUGUGACAUGAUGCCCGGACAGAUCCCGGACCCCUCGGUGACAGCAGGCUCUCUGCCCAGUCUUGGCCCACUGGCGGGUAUCUCUGCUACCACACUUACUGACCAGCUGAAAUAUGCCGACCUCUGCAAACUCGGGGUCAUGCUGUCCCCUUUACAUCUACUUGGAAAGCUGGGCAAGCGCCCACUCCAGAUUAAAACUGAGAAAGAUGAAGAGGAAGAGCGCAGGAAAAGGCGGCGAGAGAAAAACAAAGUAGCAGCAGCAAGAUGUCGAAACAAAAAGAAAGAAAGGACAGACUAUUUACAAAGGGAGUCUGAACGUCUGGAGAUGAUGAAUUCUGAUCUUAAAGCACAAAUCGAGGAGCUUAAACACGAGCGACAGCAGCUCAUUCUGAUGCUCAAUCGCCAUCGGCCCACCUGCAUCGUGAGUACGGACAGCAUCAAGACCCCUGAGACAGAGGCCAACCCCCUCCUGGAGCAGCUGAAGACCAAAUGAGAAGAAUGACACAUUUCCAUGUUACUGUUUACAGGUUUGCUCCUCUCUGGCUAACUGAAGCACUUGCUCGAAGCACUUGGACAUUUUGGGGAAGAGUGAGGUGCGUUUCUGACCUGUGAGUUUGGAGAUUUGAGACUUAAACAAAACAAAGAUAAACGCGCUGAUGCCCACUUUAGAUUGGGCGCCUGUUGGCAGUUACAAAACUUUUGUAUUAUUUGUAUUUCCUUUGUGGUUAUAAAGUGCCUUAUUUGUUUGUUUCAGUACAUUUAGUUCAAAAUUAAUUGUGUACAGGUUGUUAUGAAUUCAUGAAUACACUCACUCCAUCAUCGUGGAAAAGCCAUGAAAGGAUAAACACCCAUGUAGUGGCAUCACCAUGUUAACUGAACCAGCUCCUCAUAAUGUUUAUUCACCGUUUCUGCCUUCGGUUGCAUUUGAAUUGUUCUUUUUUCUGACGCAGGCGUCACAUAUGCACAUAUGUAUGAACUGUUUACAUCUUGCCAAUUUAUUAUAGUUAUCUACUAUAUAUAUGAUUUUUAUACUUCCUUGUUCAUUACAUGGACUUAUCACUAGAUGUGAUACAAUAUAUGCAAUAAUUUCAUAACCUAUAUUUCUGUGAAUUAAUUUGUUUUAUGGCUGUGAAAACU